AUGGCUUUGUGUGUUUAUCAUCACCGCAUUACUUCCGGUUCAAUCCUACGAGAUUUCGCAUAUCCGACAUUGGAAGAAUUUAAAAUUUACUGGAACGUUCCGACUUUUCUCUGUCACAAAUACGGAAUCAAUUUUAAACCUCACACGGAAAAAUAUGGCAUCACGUCGAAUCCGAAAGAUUCGUUUCGCGGUAAAGAAAUCAACAUUUUAUACGAUCCCGGAAUGUUUCCCGCCGUUAUGAAGAAUGCAAAAGGUGUCGUAGCCGAAAGAAACGGUGGCAUACCACAACUCGGUAACAUAACUCUACAUUUGGAAGCAUUUAAAAAUGUCGUAGAACAAAUCGUAUCGCCCGAUUUACACGGUAUCGGAAUAAUAGAUUUCGAAACGUGGAGACCAGUUUUCCGUCAGAAUUGGAGAGAUCAAGUCGUUUAUAAAAAUUUAUCAAAAGAUUUAGAAAGACAAUAUCAUCCUCAGUGGUCGGAAAAAAAAAUAAGAGAAAAAGCUAAAAUCCAUUUCGAAGAAGCAUCGAAAGAAUUCAUGGAAAAAACUUUAGAAUUGGCUAAAAUUCUAAGACCCAAAGCGAUUUGGGGUUAUUAUGGUUUUCCCUAUUGUUAUAAUUACAGAACGACAGACGAACCUGAAUGCCCGGAACUUGCCAGAAGAGAAAAUGAUAAGAUUUUAUGGUUGUUUAACACGAGCACGGCUUUUUAUCCUUCAUUGUACAUGAGCACGAAACUCAACGAAUUCCAACAAUCCCAAUUCGUCAUAGGAAGAUUAAACGAAGCCUGGAGAAUGGCAAUCAAAGUUUCCGGUCCGAAAAUACCACGUGUCAAUCCUUACAUAUGGUUCAAAUACUACGAUUCCGAAGAAUUUCUAUCAUACGCUGAUAUUUAUUCGGCUUUAGAUGUAACGAGAAAAUAUAAAAUGGGAGGUGCCAUCAUAUGGGGAUCGAGUAACAACGUAAAUUCUAAGGAAAAAUGUAAAACCCUAUUGAGGUAUUUGGAUACCGUUUUGGGACCCGCUGCUAGGAAGACUCUACAAAAUCAAAACAACGUCGAACCCCCCGAACCCGUUUUGAGUUUUAUUAAUUUUCCAUUUUUACCCCGAUCGUCUUUGGAUAACGAUAACGAUACGGAUAACGGAGGUACCAUCCCAUACGACGGGGGUGCCGCCGACGACGAUGAUAAUGAUGAUAAUAAUAAAGAAAAAGAAAGAUUAAUUAGAAAUUUAACGAAAAAUACUAAUUUUUGGGAAAAAUUAUUGUCGGCACUCCUUUGA